GAAAAUUAAGGUUAAUGAUUUUAUAAAUUUUUUCUCAUUUAAAAACUACAUUAAUUUCACAAUGACUAACACAAGCAGCAAAGGCAAUUUUCAACCAGAUUCAGACGUUCAUAUUACCUACGAAGACCAACAGAAAAUUAAUAGAUUCGCUAGAUUAAAUGCUAAAUUAGAAGAUCUCAAAGAUGAAAUAAAACGUAAAGAAAAUGAUCUGAAGAGUAUUGAAGACGCAUGUGACGAAAUUGCUCUUUUUGAUGAUGACGAGCUCAUCCCUUAUUUGGUAGGCGAAGCAUUUAUUUACCAAAAUGUAGAAAAAACUCAAAAGUGUUUAGAAGACACCAAAAAUAAAAUCGAAGACGGUAUUAAAGAACUAAAAGUAAAAUCUAACGAAGUCAAGGAUACAAUGAGUGACCUAAAGUCUCAUUUGUAUGGGAAAUUCGGAAGCCACAUUAAUCUUGAAGCAGAUGAAGAAUAAUUUAUUAAGUUAUUGAAUUUGUCAGUUGUUUCUGAAUAUGGGAAUAUGUGUAAAUUAAAAUAUUUUACUGUUAGAAUCUAAUCAUAGUUAUAAAUUUGUGUCCUUUGCCUGUUUAAAUGAAAAUAUGGUAUUUUCUAACUUGUCUGAAUAAAAAGUGCAGUGU